GCUCAGCAGGCCCAACUUGGCUCCUCCCGCUUCGGCCUGCGCGAAGGCGGGCGCGGUGCGCAAAGGCUAGUUCGCAACUGCGCGGCCUGACGAGAUCUCCGGGGCGGCAGACCCCCGUGCAAGAGGGGGGGAAGGAGAAUGCGGCGGGGCGAGGAGAUUGGCCCAGGGGCGUUCAGGCCGCUGUUACCUUUGAUGCUGGUAGCGCUGCUGCGGGAGGCUGCGGGGGAACCUUGCGCCGCCGCCGCGCCUUGUUCUUGCCGGCGAGGUGUGUUGGAUUGCAGCCGCCUCCGCCUGUCCGGUCGGAGCUUAGAACCAGGCCUGCUACCACCUUUGCCUCGCAGCAUCACCGCGCUAGAUUUGAGUCAUAAUAAUUUGUUAUCCUCUAAUUGGAGUAUUGAUUCAUCGGGUCAAAUGCUGCAAGAAGUGAAGAUGAAUCACAAUGAACUAAGUGGCAUUCCCCACUUUGGUGAACUAACUUCUAAUAUCACACUACUAUCACUAGUGCAUAAUUCAAUUCAGGAGAUUGUCUCUGAACAGCUGCAGCCUUAUUUCUCCCUGGAGAACCUUGAUCUCAGUUCCAACUUCAUCACAGAAAUCAAAGUUUCUUCAUUCCCACAUAUGCAGCUGAAGUACCUGAAUUUGAGCAACAAUAGAAUAACUACUCUGGAAGCAGGCUGUUUUGAUAAUCUGUCCAAUUCCUUAAUAGUUCUAAAACUGAACAGAAACAAAAUAAGCAUGAUUCCAUCGAAGACUUUGAAGCUACCCUAUGUGCAGUUCUUGGAACUUAAAAGAAACAGAAUUAAGGUAAUAGAAAGCCUUACCUUCCAAGGCUUGGACUCAUUGAAAUCAUUAAAAAUGCAACGCAAUGGAAUUAAUAAUCUGAUGGAUGGUGCCUUUUUUGGACUGAAUAAUAUGGAAGAAUUAGAGUUGGAACAGAAUAAUCUGACAGAAGUAAAUAAGGGAUGGCUAUAUGGCUUAAAGGCCCUGCAAAAGCUCUACGUCAGUCAGAAUGCCAUUAACAGGAUUGGACCUGAUGCAUGGGAAUUCUGCCAAAGUCUUUCUGAACUAGAUCUGUCAUACAAUCAACUGGCUCGCCUAGAUGACUUUGCUUUUAUUGGAGUGAAUGUAUUGGAAAAAUUAAAUCUGAGUGACAAUAGGCUCAGUUACAUUGCUGAUGGGGUUUUUAAAGGACUCUCAUAUCUACAGAUUUUAGAUCUACGGAAUAAUGAGAUCUCCUGGGCCAUAGAAGAUGCAAAUGAAGCAUUUACAGGUCUUGAGAGACUUAAUAAAUUGAUUCUUCAAGGAAACCAAAUUAAGUCAAUUACAAAGAAAGCACUUUCUGAUCUUCAGGCCCUUGAAUAUCUAGAUCUGACCAACAAUGCUAUAGUAUCUAUUGAAGAAGGUGGUUUUUCCCAACCUCUUCUUAAAGAAUUGUUGUUGAACACUAGCAGCUUAUUGUGUGACUGCCAGUUGAAAUGGCUCCCACGCUGGCUUUUCCACAGCCGUUUGCAGGACACUGUCAAUGUCGUUUGUGCUCAUCCUGAAUCGCUAGCUGGAAGGAGUAUUCUCAGUGUGAACACUGAAGACUUUGUUUGUGAUGACUUUCCCAAGCCACAGAUUAGAAUACAUCCUGAGACUACAGUUGCACUUAGAGGAGUCAAUGUUACCCUGACUUGCAAGGCUGUGAGCAGCAGUGAUUUGCCUAUAUCUGCUGCCUGGAGAAAAGACAGUGAAAUAUUAUAUGAUGCAGAUAUAGAAAAUUAUGUGAGGUACCAACAACAAGAUGGUGAAAUCCUGGAAUAUACUUCUAUCCUGCAUGUUUUCAAUGUGAACUUUACUGAUGAAGGAAAAUACCAGUGUAUCAUCUUCAAUCACUUUGGGUCCAAUUAUUCCAACAAGGCCAAGUUGACUAUCAAUGAGCUGCCUACUUUUGUGAAAACUCCCAUGGAUUUGACAGUACGUACGAGAGCCAUGGCUAAAUUGGAAUGUGCUGCAGAAGGUCAUCCACCACCCCAGAUAUCCUGGCAAAAAGAUGGCGGCACAGAUUUCCCUGCAGCUCGUGAAAGGCGAAUGCACGUGAUGCCCGAGGAUGAUGUCUUCUUCAUAGUAAAUGUGAAAAUUGAAGAUAUGGGGAUUUAUAGUUGUAUGGCACAAAAUGUGGCUGGCAGUAUAUCAGCAAAUGUAACAUUGACUGUGUUAGAAACACCUUCAUUUGUUAGGCCUCUGGAAGACAGGACCGUAGCUCAAGGUGAAACAGCGGUUCUGCAGUGCAUUGCCAGUGGCAGCCCUGCCCCUCGCCUAAACUGGACCAAAGAUGAUGGCUCUCUGACAGUGACAGAACGGCAUUUCUUUGCGGCUGCCAAUCAACUGCUUAUCAUUGUAGAUGCGGGAUUAGAAGAUGCUGGAAAAUAUACUUGCAUUAUGUCUAAUACACUUGGGACAGUGCGUGGACACAUUUAUCUAUAUGUAUUAUCUUCACCAAAUUGUGACUCCUCCCAAAGUGCCAUUGGAAUUGGAGACGAUGGCUGGACAACAGUUGGGAUUGUGAUCAUUGUUGUGGUCUGCUGUGUUGUAGGCACCUCUCUCAUUUGGGUUAUUGUUAUCUAUCACAUGAGAAGAAAAAGUGAAGAUUAUAGCAUCACUAACACAGAAGAGGUAAAUUUGCCUCCUGAUAUUCCUAGCUACUUAUCUUCUCAAGGGACUCUGUCAGAGCCACAGGAAGGCUACAGUAAUUCUGAAGCAGGAAGCAAUCAGCAACUUAUGCCUCCCUCCAAUAGUUACCUACACAAAGGCGCAGAUGGUGGCACAGAGCCAUUGGUGAUCUGCUCAGAUUGUUACGACAAUGCCAACAUCUAUUCCAGAAACAGGGAAUAUUGUCCUUAUACAUACAACACGGAAGAUGAUCCACUGGAUCAAUCAUUGUCCAGCUUAAUGGUACAGAUGUCUAAAGAGCCCUAUCCUGGAUGCCCUCAGCAUGAAACCACAACUAUUAAUAGCCUUUCAGAUGGCCAAGAUAGGCCAGUGUUUGCUAGCAGUCAAGACAGGCUACAUGAGAGGAAACCAUGUUCUCAGUCCUGUGGUAGUGAUCUUUUUCAACAGUCUUUAUGGGGUAUCAAUAAUGAUCUUGGGUUGUUGCACCCUCAUUGUUCAUCUCCAUCUAAGACCCAUGAGGUUCCAGAAGUUCUGCGAAAUGAAGGCAUUUCAGAGAAAGAGCCAGAGCAGAUUAUUCCUCCUAGGCUUCAUCACAGAUUACAUCAAUACAACUUUGAUUUUAACAGGACUCAGGACAUGCAAGAACAUCGUGAAGCUACAUAAAAAUGAAAUAAGAAACAUUAGCAGCUUGAAGCAUUUGUUAGUAUUUUUGCUACCUCAUAUUUUGACUCAUGGCAAAAAAAAGUUUCAUGCUUCCGACAGAGGCUUUAAUGGAACAGACCACUGACUGCAUGCUGGAGGGCAAAAUCACUUCCUUCUGCUAUUUUCCAAUAAGUAGCAUAUAUUAAAGCUCAGUCUUAAACGGAUGGUGAAAAAAAAGAAGAUACAACACCGUGGUGGAAGUGUGAUUAAAAAGUAUCUCUGUUGUCUGGAAACAUUCCCAAAAAUGGUUCAUAUAAGUUAUCUUUCCUGCUGAAAAAACAUAGCUUUAAAAGAGCCACUUAGCAAGAUUCCUUGGUAUUCAUCAAUAUAAAACUUUGCUUUUUUUUUUUUUUUUUUGAUCCAUCUGACAACUAGCAGGAAUUCCUCUCAGUAUGUCCAGUCACAAACUCUAUUUACUUUCCUCUCCCUCUGAAGUAUUCAGAUGUAAAUAUAUACACAUAAUAUAAAUAUUUUUUGUAUACACUAAUGGAGAUAAGAGACUGAAAUGUAAGGUUUUUUUAAAAAAAUUAUGCCAAAUAUCACAUCAUUCUGACUUCUCUGACUUGUUUUUCCAGAAAUCAGAAAUUGUUUACUAAGAAUGAUGCAGAUGGGUUGGGUUCAUAUUUUUUUUUCAUUCCAUGGUUGGAGUUAUCAAAUGUUCUAUUCACUGAAGAUUUUCAUUCUUUGGUGUUUCUUCCCCUUUCUAGUUUUAUGUAUGGGCAGUAAUUGAUGGAUGGAAGAUUGUGUAUAAGGAGAAUUUCUGUGAAUCAGCCCUAUUGGUUUUUAAUACAGGAUAAGAUACAUACGACGUGAGCAAUGGUUAAGUUGCUGUAUUAUUGGAUAUCUGAACUAUUUUAAUGUGAAAAUCAUUUUUAAAAUUUCAUGGAUGCUGAAAUGAUUUUACUUUUUUCAAGCUUAGAAAAGUUAAACUGAUUACCUCUGUUUAUACCCAUGGCUGAGAAAUUAAGCAAUGAGUGUGAACAUCAAUGGCUAGUCAAAGAACAGUGUUUCUCAACCUUCUCGUUCCUCAGCCACCAUUGGGGAAUAUGGGAAAGCCAGAAUAGCUGGCUAGGGAAUCCUGGGAGUGGAAGUCGACGCAUCUUAAAGUUGCCAAGAUUGAGAAAUACUGUAUAGAAAAACCUUUGACACAACAGGACUGGGAAGGAAUUUGACAUUUUGUAAUAUGCUUUUGUACACCAAAAUGAAAUGUUAUAUAACACUCUAAUUAUAACAAUGUAACAGCUAGUAAAGGAAGAUCAUGC